AGGAUCUUUUAGUGGGAAAUCAAGUCGAUUAGUGUUGCGGGUAUAUCCCGCCCGAAACUACAGCAACGUCCAUUCCAGUGUUCCUGAAGAUUACAAAGGGCAAGAAAGUCCGCUCGCCUUGGUGAUUAAGGAAAAAUUAGCCAAUUUCGAUGGUUUCAUCGACUUCUAGUUGUUGCAAAUUUUGGCGGAAGUUGCUUAGGGGAUUGUCAGCGAGAGUUCAGCUCACACCAUGCCCGCGGUGGUCGCUUGGCGUUUUCGAUGCGCACACGAUGCUCAGACGCCUGCUUCGCUUCAAAAUCGUUUCUUCCGGGAAGCCGCGCUUCGUGUGGGCGCUUCGGUUGGCUGGCUCAGCCUGGCUGGCAAUGCUUCGAUCCAAGCUAUUGCUUGCUUCUCUCCGAGCGGUUCGUAUCGAUGGUCCUCGUCCGCACCAGAUGGCUUGUUCCUGCGCGAUGCCAUUAUCCUAUCCACAGCCGCUUUACAGAAUUGCUGCGGGUUCUGAGGCCCGUUGUGCAUCGAUUGACCCGCUGGGAAGGGAAAGGGAUGGCGAUGCUAACGGUGGGCGCCCGUUGCGCUCAUUGCCGUGAUCUGUUUUGAACCCGCGCCAGCAGAAUCGUAACUGAUGAGUUGCAAGCUCAGCGCUUUGGUGGGGCGGGAUGUCCACAGGCCGUUGCCUGUGCAUCUCUUCUAUGAAGUCCGCAACCAUCAACAGGGACCCAAUUAUCGUGUGUCACCUCUGCGUAGCCCCUGAUCUCACGAUGUUAUUGACUC